AUGAAGCAAUCUGAACCAAAACCAGAUGCAUUAAACCAAUUCAUGACCGAAACCAGGGCAUCUAUUCAGAGUUUGGACACUCAAAUAGGGCAGUUGGCUACUUUGAUGAAAAACCGUUCUGAAGAGAAUUUACCAAGCACUACAGAGGUAAACCCAAAAGAGCAGUGCAAUGCAAUAUCUUUGAGGAGUGGCAAGGAGUUAAAGGGGCCAAAAGCGGUUGAUAAGGAGAAAAAAAUGAGUGGGUCAAAUGUUACUGAGAACUUACAGAAGCAGCAAGGAAUAAGCAUAGAUUACCAUAUAAAGAUCCCAUAUCCUGAGAGGCUUCAAAGGAAUAAGCUUGACAAGCAGUUUGCUAAAUUUUUAGAAGUUUUUCGGAAGCUUCACAUAAAUAUUCCAUUUUCCAAGGCGCUUGAGCAGAUGCCAACUUACCUUAAAUUCUUGAAGGAAAUUUUAUCUAAGAAAAGGAAGUUGGAGGAAUACGAGACAAUUGUGCUUACUAAGGAGUGCAGUGCAAUAUUGCAAAAGAAAUUACCGCCAAAGCUUAAAUAUCCUGGUAGUUUCACCAUUCCAUGCUCUAUAAGGGGUUCAGUGGUGACAAAAGCCUUAUGUGAUUUAGGGGCUAGUGUGAAUCUAAUGAAUCUAUCAAUCUUCCACAAGUUGAAAUUGGGAGAAGCUCGCCCUACUACUGUGUUCCUACAAAUGGCAGAUCGUUCAAUUAAGUAUCCAAGGGGAAUCAUUGAAGAUGUAUUGGUGAAAGUAGACAAGUUUAUAUUCCCUGCAGACUUCAUAGUGUUGGACAUGGAAGAAGAUACUAUCCCAAUAAUUCUUGGAAGACCAUUUUUAGCUACUGGGAGGGCAUUAAUAGAUGUUCAAAAGGGUGAGUUAAAGCUGCGAGUUCAAAAUAAGGUAGUAACAUUUAAAGUUUUUGUAGCAACGGAAAUUCCAAGUUGUUGUAGAGUUGAUGUAGUGAAAAGAGGGGAUGAUGAGCUGGGAGUCACUAGGAAAAAGUCCAUGCUUCAAUGUGUUCGAACAGUUUGUCAUCGUGUGAAAAAGAUCUUUAGUGGGAAAGCUCGAAUGUUACAUGAGCGGUGGAAAGUAACAAAAAUAUGCAAUAUCAAGAAACGAGCAUCUUCUCAUGAUACUAUGACUCUUAAGGACAUGAGGGGUGGUCUGGAUCCGAGUUGA